AUGACAGACAAUCAUGAUGGAGAGGGCCUUGUCGAGCGACGAGGCAAGCUGUAUCGCCCGAUAACAGAAGGCAAGGCAACCAUCCUGGUUCCACAUGAUGCCACGGCACAAAAAGGAGCUUCUGCAGAGCAAAAGGUCUUUUACAACCCCAUUCAGCAGUACAACCGCGACCUGUCGACUCUUGCCAUCAAGGCGUACGGCGAAUGGAUGCUGGAACAGCGUCGAUCCAAAAACCUCGCGAAGCAAGGGAGGGGUGGCAAGAAACGGAAGCGUGGGGAAGAUGACGCCGCUCCGGUCCUCCAACCGGACCAGGAGCCGAAGCAGGACAAGCUCCAAGAGCAGUCCGACACCCCAACGGUGCCGAAUCAAACGUUCAAGAUCCUUGAUGCGCUCUCCGCCUCGGGUCUUCGCGCCCUUCGAUACGGGCACGAGCUACCUUUUAACACCUCCAUCACUGCAAACGACCUCUCGGAGUCGGCCGUGGAUUCCAUCAAACUCAACGUCGAGUUCAACAACCUACAGCACGCCAUCAACGUGACGAAUGAAGAUGCCCUCGGCCUCAUGUACCGUGCCAUUGCCGACGACCUAGCGAAGAAGGACCGCAAUGGGAACGCUGGGAAGAGUCACAAGUUCGACGUCGUCGAUCUGGACCCCUACGGCACCGCCGCCCCAUUUUUCGACGCCGCCAUCCAAUCCGUCCGCGACGACGGCGGCCUCCUCUGCGUUACCUGUACCGACAGCGCAGUGUGGGCCGGUCACAGUUACUGCGAAAAGGCCUUCGCCUUGUACGGGGGAGUUCCCGUCAAGGGAAUGCACAGUCAUGAGGCCGCCCUGAGGCUGAUUCUCAACGCGAUAGCAUCCUCCGGCGCCAAGUACGGCUUGGCCAUUGAGCCGCUUCUCUCCCUGUCCAUCGACUUCUAUACCAAGGUCUUCGUCAAGGUCACGAGGUCGCCGCAAGCAGUCAAGUUCAACGGCGCCAAGACGAUGCUUGUCUACAGCUGCGACCGUGGCUGUCACUCGUGGCAGACGCAACCACUCCUGCGGAGCAAGCCGGCGCCGAACAAGAACGGCAUCGGGUAUUUCUACAAGCACGGUAUGGCCUUGGGUCCCACCGAGGACCGAUUCUGCCACCAUUGCGGCUUCAAGAUGCACGUCGCUGGACCGAUGUAUGCCGGCCACAUCCACAACCAAGAGUUUGUCCAGCGCCUUCUCGACGAAAUUCCAAAGGCCUCUCCCGAUGUCUACAAAACUCUGCCAAGGCUGGAAGGCAUGCUGCGGACUGCACAGGAAGAGUUCAUUCCGGGACCGAAGCCUGAGGAUGGCGUCGACUCCAAGGAAGCCCAACUCGCCUCGGUCGACCACUGUCCCUUCUUCGUCAUCCCCGGCAAGGUAUCGAGCGCCAUCUCCUGCACUACCCCGACCGACGACAUGUUCAGGGGCGCUCUCAUUCAUCUCGGUUACCAGGUCGGACGGAGUCACUGCCGGGCCGGUGCCAUCAAGACGGAUGCGCCCUGGUCGACGAUAUGGUGGAUAAUGACGGAGUGGGUUCGACAGAAGUCUCCCAUAAAAGCCUCUAAAUACAAGCCCUCCAUGGCCGCCUGGAAAAUCCUGCACGACGCGGGUCUGGUGGGCCAAGGCAACGGUGCCGACGAGACGAACCAAGGCGACGGCAAAGACGUCAAAAUGGUGGGCGGCGGCGGGCAGUCGGCAGAGACGGAACCGGAACUUGCUUCGGUCAACAAGCCGGAUGAGAAUCCAGGCCCUGCUCCGUGCCCUGCUCCGGACGAGAACGAUGCGCACGGAGCAGGGAAGCCCGAAGCUGCCGAGAGUGAGCUGCGAAAGACACUUGUCUUUGAUGCCGCCCUGGCUCAGCUAGGCCGACAUGGAGAGGGAGAGCUUCUCAUCUGCUGCCUGAACGAGGACCCGGAGCAACAGUCGCAAACCGGCCGGUUGGUGUUACUAUGCGCCGAUUCCGUCUCGGGUGACGUUCUGCAGGACUGCCGCCUCGGCAGUGUACCGCCCCAUCUUCGCAACACCGGCAACAACAAGGUCGACGUCCUUGUGUCUACGGGGUCUGGCUUGGGCCUCGCAUUGGCAUUCUGGGAAUCGGUACUGCGACCGCUGUGGACUCUUGCUGUGGAGUCUCUCGGAGGUGCGCAGAUGCCCAAUACCGUCGUCACGCAGGACAAGCAAAGCGUUCUCCGCUUGGCUCAAUCACUUCAUUCUCAUUCUCGUGAUGAUGAAAAAAGGACAGUGGUCUUGCUGAGCGGCGACGGUGGCGUUGCGGAUCUGCUCAACGGCCAUGAACCUUCGGCUGGGAGCCAGCCACCACUCAUUUCACUGCUACCCUUUGGCACCGGAAAUGCCCUAUUUCAUUCCCUCCACAAGCCACUAUCGAAGGAAUCAUGCCCGUCCCCUCUGGUUAUGGGUCUUCGGACGCUCUUCCUCGGCGUGCCGGCUGACCUGCCCAUCUUCCGGGCCUCGUUCUCGGCAGGCUCUCGCGUCGUCUCCUACGAACCCACGACGGAUGGUGUUGGUAACGGGGCAGGUCUGACAAGGCAGCAAGAUUCUGUUGUCUCGCUUUACGGUGCCAUUGUUGCCAGCUACGGCUUCCACGCCAGCAUCGUCCACGAAAGCGACACACCUGAAUUCCGGGCACAUGGCAACAAGCGCUUCGCCAUGGUUGCCCGGGAGCUUCUCGGCGAGUCCCACGCCUACCGCGCGAGUCUUUCCAUUCGCCGUUCCUCCUCACCGUCCAGCUUAGUCCCGGUCGACGGUGAAACGCACGGAUACGUCCUCGUCACGCUCGUAUCCAACCUCGAGCGCACGUUUGCCAUCUCCCCCGCGAGCAAACCGCUGGAUAGCAAGCUCCGCCUUGUGCGCUUUGGGCCCAUUGGCGGCGCGAGGACCAUGGAAGUUAUGAUGGCGGCGUACGAUGGCGGAAAACACGUCGGAAUGAAAUGGGACGAUGGGCAGGCGGUGAGUUAUGAGGAGGUCGACGAGGUUUGUGUUCACAUUCAGGAGGACCUGGCUCGAUGGCGCAUGUUUUGCGUCGAUGGAACCAUCGUCGAGGUACCGCAGGGGGGAUCCAUGACGGUCAGCAAGGCUCUCGGGGGGUUAUUUUCUGUUCUCGUUGAUCCGCAGCUUCAGCAGAGCAAGUAG